AUGUCAUACAAUAAUAACUAUGGGUAUCGGGGAUACAACAAUGGGUAUCGAGAUACGUAUAAACGAGGUGGUUAUAAUAGACAAGGGAAUGGAUCAGAUUACCAGUAUGGUGGUAGCAAUGGAGGAAGUGGAUAUCAGAAUGGUGGUGGUAGUAGAAGCCAUCAUCAUUAUCAAUCUAACAAUGAUAAUCGAUAUGUGCCGUCAAAUUCACUGGUUGAAUCUGAAUCAACUACUCCAAUCUCGAAACCUCCAACAGGACCAAAAGGAUUAAAUUCUGAAGUCAAUUCACCUUUGCCUAAUUCUAGUCGAGCUGAAAGUGUCAAUGCUGAUGUCAGUAGAGGCUCAGAUCCAAAGACUGGUAAGAAUGAUAAGGAUUCGGACUUUGCUAGAUUACUGCAUCAUGUUGAUUUCACUCGUAAAAUCAAAUUUCAUAGUGAUUCUGAUCCAAGAAAGAAUUAUAAAGUGAUAUAUGAUCCUGAAUUUGAUAAAUCCUUAACUACAAAGGAAGAAAAGAAAACGCGUUCGAAGAAGACAAGAUUUAAUGGUGAAUCAGUUAAUGAUAAUGAAUUGAAUGAUCCAAGAUUAUCCAACAUUGUCCAAUAUUUCCAAAAACCAAAUAAGAAAUCCAAAAAAUUCCCUUAUAAACAUUUACCUCAACCUAAAUUUAUAUUUGAUAAAGAUUCUUUAGGUCCAGCCCCACAAACUGAAUUAGUAGUAUGGGAUUUACCAUCAUCUAUUACUGAAGUCUAUCUUUCAAAUUUUAUCAAAGGGUUUGGAGACCCUAUAAAAGAAGUUAAAUUCAUAAAUGAUCCUGAAUUCGCAGUUCCUUUAGGAGUUGCUACAUUUAAAUUUCAAGGUAAUCCUGAAAAAUCUCAGCGUUUGGCUAAAACGCUCAUCAAAAAAGUUGCCACUGAUCGUAUUAAGAUUGAUGGUGAAAGUUUAAACAUUGGAUUGAAUGAUCAUGAUGGAACUUUAUUAAAUAAAAGAGUGAAGACUGCCAGUGAUAAAUUAAAAUCAUUAAAAAUAAAAUUAGGAAGAGAAGAAAGAAUCAAACGUCAAAAUGAACAACAAGAGAUGCUUAAGAAAGCAGAAUUAUUAAAGAAAAAAGAAGAACAAGCUAAGAAAGAGAAAGAGAAAGCUGAUGCUGCCGCUGCUGCUGAAAUGGCGGCAAGUGAUUCAAACAAGUCAACAAAUGCAAAAAGUGCCGCUGAAUCAUUAUCAAUCACCAAAUUCAAGCCUUCCACAACCACCCUUUCCAUUCGUCAUCAUCAUAGAGUCGUUGAAGGCAUCUUCUUACCUAAAGACUUAAAGAAAUACGUUAAAGAUAGACCUUAUAUUUUAAUUCCUGAUAAGUUUGUGUCAACUAAAAAGGUUUCAUCACUGGAUAUUAAACGAGUGCUUAGCAAAUAUGAUUGGACCAGAGUUUUAUCUGAUAGAACAGGUUUUUAUAUUGUAUUUAAUUCAUUGAAGGAAUGUGAAAGAUGUUUCGUUAAUGAAGAUGGUAGAAAAUAUUUUGAAUAUAAUUUGUUUAUGGAACUUUCUGUUCCUGAAGGUUAUGAUAUUAAUAAGAAUGAAUCCGACGACGAGGAUUUCUUUGAAUCUGCUACUAAACAAAAUGAUGUUAUAGAUGAAGCUACCAAUAUGUUAGUUAAAGAGUUCCAAAGUUUUUUAUCCAAGGAUAUUCGAGAAAGAAUUAUAGCUCCUGCUAUUUUAGAUUUAUUAAAUCAUGAUAAAUAUCCAAAACUAAUGGAAGAAUUAAAAUCUAAAGAACUUCAAUCUAAGAAAGUUAUUCCAGAGCCAAUCAAUUUAAAUUCCCAAUUGAAAAAGGAUGCUCUUACAUUAUUAACUAAAAAGAGAACAGAACAACAAUCUCAACAACACCAUCAAUCACUUCCAUCUUUCAAGAAGAAAGAAGAAGGUGGUGGAAGAAGAUUAUCACAAUCCAAACCAGGUAAGAAGAAUAGUUUAAUUCCUAUGCAACAUGCUCUUAAUUUCGAUCAUGAUUCAGAUGAUGAAGAUGAAAUUGAAGAUGAUUUAAGUAGAUCUUUAACUCCAGUUGCUCGUAGUUUGAAGAGAGAAAGAAGUUUAACAGAGGAUACUGUCAUUAGUGAUGAUAACGAAGAAGGUACAAAGAAGAAAGCCAAGACUGCUGCAUUAGCAUUUUAUGAUUCAUCAUCGUCAGAAGAAGAAGACGAAGAGGAGGAAGAAGUAUCAUUACAAGAGGUUAAAGAAGAAGUGGAAGUGGAUGUCAAGGAUGAAGUUAAAGACGAAAAAAUGGACAUUACUCAAGAAGAAGAUUAUACCAAUGUUGAAUUCAAAUACCAUCCAACAGAAGUUGGUCCAGUUACAGUUUAUGAAGAAUAUCCAUAUUCAUCUAAAGAACCAUUUGAUUUAGAAGUUUUACAGCAAUUUAUCAAAGAUGAUGAAGAUUUAAAAUAUGCCAAGGAAGUAUUAGCCGAUGUUGAUGAGAAGAGCAAUAAUUUCUCUUUUAAUAACAUUGAUUAUUGGGCUUGGAAGGAACAAGAUUUAAAGAGAUCUUCUAAUGAAGUAUUGGGAGAGAUUGAUAUUGAAAAAUUAGAUUCUAAAUUUGAAUCUAAGAGUGGUAGUUUCAAGAGUGAAGGAUUUAAAAAGAUUGCUGAUGAAGAUAAGGCUGAAUAUUUACCUCAUCGUAGAAAAUUGAAUCAACCAUUAAAGACCAUUCUUCAUGAAGAUGAUUAUGAUGAUGAUUUUAAUAAUAACAACAAUAAUAACAAUACUAAUAAAAAUAGCGAUAAUGUUAAUAAUGGUAAUGUCAACAAUAAUGUGAAUACUAAUGGUGGAAAUGCUAACACUAAUAACAAUAAUAAUAAUAACAACAACAACAGUUCAGCCAAUAACAACAAUAAUAAUGCCAUUCAAAGUUCUCGUGUGAAUCGUGCCAAUAAUAGAAGAUUUGCUGCUGAUAUCACUGCUCAAUUAGGUAACGAAACAGAAGUGUUAAGUUUGAAUGCGUUAACCAAGAGAAAGAAGCCAGUUUCUUUUGCAAGAUCUGCUAUUCAUAAUUGGGGAUUAUAUGCUUUGGAACCGAUUGCAGCUAAAGAAAUGAUUAUUGAAUAUGUUGGGGAGAGUAUUAGACAACAAGUUGCCGAGAAUAGAGAAAAGAGUUAUUUAAAGACAGGGAUUGGAUCGUCAUAUUUAUUUAGAAUUGAUGAGAAUACCGUUAUAGAUGCCACUAAAAAGGGAGGAAUUGCUCGAUUCAUUAAUCAUUGUUGUAGUCCAAGUUGUACAGCCAAGAUUAUUAAGGUUGAAGGUAGUAAAAGAAUUGUUAUUUAUGCAUUAAGAGAUAUUGAAGCUAAUGAAGAAUUAACUUAUGAUUAUAAGUUUGAGAGAGAGACCAAUGAUGCUGAACGUAUUAGAUGUCUUUGUGGAGCUCCUGGUUGUAAAGGAUAUUUGAAUUAG